AUGACGAAACCACCGUCACCGCUGCCACCGCGUCCACCGCCGUCAGCAACAUCAUUAUCAUCAUCAUCAGACCACGUCCACCGCCGUCACGAGCCGUUGUUCUCCGCCGUCUCCCUCUCUCUCUUCGAACUACCUCUCUCUGCUUCUAUGUUGUGUGCCGCCGCACGCCACCACUGUUUUCACAACAAUCAUCAACAACACCCCAUUAAAGAAGAAGUUGAUGUUUUAAAUCCGACGGUUGAGUUUAACAAAUUCGAUUCUAAAUCGAAGAGGUUAAUGAAGAAGCGCACCGUACCGGAGUUGGCAGUUGAUAUGGUGAGAGAUGAUGGUUCAGUUAGUGGUUGUGGAAAUAGGAAGAAGUUUUUUAGAGACGGUGGGAAUAGUAAUAAAAAAUUUAAAAGGAGUGGUGAUGCUCCAGAAGUGAAGGAGAUGUGGGAUACUAUUGUCGGAGGAGGCGAUUCAGAGGAAGAGAAAAAGGGUAUACAAAGGGAGCUGGAUGAUGAUUACUUCAUAGAUGAUAGCGGUGUCAAUCCAGUAAAUCGUCAUGGAAGCAACCGUUGUGGUUAUUCUUCGAGUCGUGCUCCUAAGGCUGAGGAGGAGGGUGGAGAAGAUGAUGAGAUCAAGGAACUUUUCAAGACAGGCAAGAAAAAGAAGAAGACCGAGAAAACUGCUAUGGAGAUUGCAAUUGUUGUCGAAAAGAUCAUGGCUGAACUUGAGGUUGCAGCAGAAGAAGAUGCAAAUCUCAAUAGGGCAUCGAAACCAGCAAUUAAUAAACUCAUAAAGCUUCCUUUUCUAAUUGAAGCUCUAUCUAAGAAACAACUUCAACUGGAGUUCCUGGAUCACGGAGUUCUAACGCUUUUGAAAAAUUGGCUUGAACCCCUCCCUGAUGGAAGCUUGCCCAAUAGAAACAUUCGUACAGCGGUAUUAGAGAUCCUAACUGAGUUCCCAAUUGAUUUAUAUCAAGAUGAUAGAAGAGAACAAUUGAAGAAGAGUGGAAUAGGAAAGGCCGUUAUGUUCAUGUCAAAGUCCGAUGAAGAGACCGCAUCCAACAGAAAGCUAGCGAAAGACUUGGUUGACAAAUGGAGUCGACAAAUAUUUCAUAUAAGCAAUAGAUUUGAGGACCUUAAGGAUGAGAGAAUCCCCAUUCGCCGGCCAUCAAUAAAAAUGCCUAUAAAUAAAUCUUCUCGAAUGCAGUUUAGAGAUGAUGACGAUCUGGAUCCGGCUAAAUAUUAUCCGUAAGUUAUUUUAUUUCUAGAACAUAUUAUAGUUGCUACAUAUGGCUUUCACUUGUUUGAUGGUUUUUUUGGGUAAUUGUAGAGAACUAAAGUCUGGAAAUUCAACUUAUACACUACCCGCAUCAAGGCCCGAAACAAUGCCACUACAUUUUGUGGUGCGCCCCCAAUCUAAGAUAGAUCCAGAUGAAGUUAAAGCCAGAGCCAAACAAGCUAUGCAAGAGUAUCAACGUCGAGUCAAGAUGAACAAGAGGCUGCGGCAGUUGAAGAAAAAGAAGCAGCUUCAAGCUAUUAAGCUUAGCGUGGAGGGUCGUGGAAUGAUCAAGUACGUGUAGACCAGAAUCAAGGAGCAUGUGCCUCAAAUUAUCACCCACGUAAACUUUUGGGUUGGCCGGCAUUUGAUCGUAUAGAUAUCUGAAGCAAUUUGGUUGUUGAGUUGGUGCUGAACAAAUGGUGUGUUGGAAUUUAAACUUAGCAUCAAAAACUUAUGUGUCUCGCUAGUAUAAAAACAUAUAGUUAAUAUUCUAGUAUAUGUCAGUAUGUAUGUAUAUGCCCAA